CUUCCGCCAUGAGCCGCGCGCGCGCCCCGGAGGGGGCGGAGCCUCCGGUACCGGACGCGAUGCCGGCGACCGAGAAGGAGCUGGCGGAGGACGCGCCCUGGAAGCGCAUCCAGCAGAACACGUUCACCCGCUGGUGCAACGAGCACCUCAAGGCCGUGAGCAAGCGGGUGGGGAACCUACAGACCGACCUGGGUGAUGGGCUCAGGCUCAUUGCACUGCUCGAGGUCCUGAGCCGAAAGAAGCUCGGGAGGAGGUACAACCUGCGGCCGACGGUCAGGCAGAUGCAGCUGGAGAACGUGUCGGUGGCGCUGGAGUUCCUGGAGAGGGAGAACAUCAAACUGGUGUCCAUUGACAGCAAAGCCAUCGUGGACGGGAACCUGAAGCUGAUCCUGGGGCUGGUCUGGACCCUGAUCCUCCAUUACUCCAUCUCCAUGCCCAUGUGGGACGAGGAGGAUGAGGAGGAGGCCAAGAGGCAGACGCCGAAGCAAAGGCUGCUGGGAUGGAUCCAGAACCGGCUCCCGGAGCUGCCGGUCACCAACUUCAGCCGCGACUGGCAGAGUGGGAGGGCACUGGGAGCACUGGUGGACAGCUGUGCACCGGGUCUGUGCCCUGACUGGGACUCGUGGGACCCCAAUAAACCAGUGGACAACGCACGGGAGGCCAUGCAACAGGCGGACGAGUGGCUGGGCAUCCCCCAGGUGAUCACCCCCGAGGAGAUCGUGGACCCCAACGUGGAUGAACACUCGGUCAUGACCUACCUGUCCCAGUUCCCCAAGGCCAAGCUGAAGCCUGGGGCCCCCCUGCGCCCCAAACUGAACCCCAAGAAGGCUCGAGCCUAUGGCCCUGGCAUUGAGCCCACCGGGAACAUGGUGAAGCAACGAGCAGAGUUCACAGUGGAAACCAUCAGUGCUGGACAGGGGGAGGUCAUGGUGUAUGUGGAGGACCCGGAUGGACACCGAGAGGAGGCUAAAGUGGUGGCCAACAACGACAAGAACAGAACCUUCUCCGUGUCCUACGUGCCCAAAGUGACUGGUGUGCACAAGGUGUCGGUGCUGUUCGCGGGUCAGGACAUCGCCAAGAGCCCCUUUGAGGUCAACGUGUCACGUGCUGCUGGUGACGUCACCAAGGUCACAGCUCAGGGGCCUGGACUGGAGCCAACCGGGAACGUGGUCAACAGGAGCACCCACUUUGAUGUGGUCACUGCUGGCGCGGGGCAGGGUCAGCUGGAGGUCAGCAUCACGGAGCCCGGCGGCCGCCAGGGGGCGCUGGAGCCGCAGCUGGAGUCACGUGCCGACGGCCUCGUGCGCUGCACCUACCGGCCCGUGGGGGAGGGGCCGCACCUGGUGCACGUGACCUACGGGGGCGUGCCCAUCCCCCGCAGCCCCUUCAGCGUCCACGUGGGGCCGGCCUGCACCCCCUCCCUGUGCCGCGCUGUGGGUCGGGGGCUGCAGCCCAAGGGGCUGCGGGUGAAGGAGGUGGCUGACUUCAAGGUGUACACCAAGGGGGCCGGCAAUGGGGAGCUCAAGGUCACGGUCAAGGGGCCCAAGGGCCCUGAGCCCGUCAAGCAGAAGGACCUUGGGGACGGGGUCUUCGCCUGUGAGUACAUCCCCACAGUGCCCGGACCCCACACGGUGACUGUCAUGUGGGGGGGGCAGCCGGUGCCCGGGGCACCCACAACCUAUGGGGGGGUGGGUGUGGGCGCCGGGAGCCACCCCCACAAGGUCAAGGUCUAUGGGCCUGGCGUGGCCAAGACUGGGCUCAAGGCGCAUGAGCCAACCUACUUCACUGUGGACUGCAGCGAGGCAGGGCAGGGCGAUGUCAGCAUCGGCAUCAAGUGUGCUCCGGGUGUUGUGGGUCCGGCCGAGGCCGACGUCGACUUCGACAUCAUCCGCAAUGACAACGACACCUUCACCGUGCGCUACACCCCGCGCGGCGCCGGCAACUACACCAUCAUGGUGCUGUUCGGGGACCAGCCCACCCCCACCAGCCCCAUCCGGAUCAAGGUGGAUCCUUCCCACGACGCCAGCAAAGUGAAGGCAGAGGGUCCAGGGCUGAGCCGCUCCGGGCUGGAGCUGGGGAAGCCAACACAGUUCACGGUGAACACCAAGGCCGGAGGUCGCGCGACCCUCGACGUGCAGGUGACAGGACAGGGGAAGGGGGAAGCUGCCAAGGACAUGGAGAUCAUUGACAACCUGGACGGGACCCACACGGUCAAGUACACCCCAAUGCAGCAGGGUAACUUGGGGGUCGCAAGUCCCUAUGGGGGUGACCCCAUCCCCAAGAGCCCCUUCACUGUGGGGGUGGCCCCAGGUGUGGACCUGAGCAAGAUCAAGGUCUCCGGCCUGGAUGAGACACCGGAAGUGGGCCGGGAGCACGAGGUGCGCGUGCACGGGCGCGCCGGCGGCCGCGUGGGGGCGCGCGUGCUCGGCCCCGGGCGCGAGCCCUGCGCAUGCGCCGUGGAGCCCGGCGGGGACGGCGUCAGCCACGUGCGCUUCGUGCCGCGCGCCGCGGGCGCGCAUGCGCUCGAGCUCAGCUACGAUGGCUCCGCCCUCCCCGGGAGCCCCUUCCCCAUCCGGGUCCUGCCCGCGGGGGCGGGGCCGGGGGCGGGGCCGGACCCUACCAAGGUUCGCGCCUUCGGCCCCGGCCUGCAGGGGGGUCUGCCGGGGGUCCCGGCUCCCUUCACCAUCGACACCAAAGGCGCCGGCACCGGCGGCCUGGGGCUGACGGUGGAGGGUCCGUGCGAGGCCAAGAUCGAGUGCGUGGACAACGGGGACGGGACCUGCUCCGUGUCCUACCUGCCCACGGAACCCGGCGACUACAACAUCAACAUCCUGUUUGCCGGCGCCCACGUGCCGGGGUCACCGUUCCGCGCCGCGGUACCGCCACCGUUUGACGCCUCCAAGGUCACGUGCUCCGGGCCGGGGUUGGAGGGCGCCACCGCCGGGCAGGACGGGCACUUCCGGGUGGACUGUAGCCGCGCCGGUAGCGCCGAGCUCACCAUCGGCAUCGCGUCGGAGGCCGGAGCCCGCGCCGAGGUGCGCGUGGAGGAUGGCGGGGAUGGGACCUACACCAUCGCGUACACGCCGCUCAGUCCGGGUGUAUACACCAUCACUGUGGAGUACGGGGGGCAGCCGGUGCCGCACUUCCCCAGCAAGGUGCGCGUGGAGCCGGCGGUGGACACGGCUGCGGUGAAGGUGUAUGGGCCUGGAGUGGAGGGAGAAGGUGUGUUCCGGGAGGCAGUGACUGAGUUCGAUGUGGACGCCAGAGCCCUCACCAAGGUUGGGGGUCCCCACGUGAAGACUCGAGUGUGCAACCCCUCCGGGAACGUCACCGAGACCUUCGUGGAGGACCGAGGAGAUGGCACCUACCAUGUGGAGUACACCCCCUAUGAGGAGGGCCUGCACACAGUGGAUGUGACCUAUGCCGGGAGCCCAGUGCCCCACAGCCCCUUCCGCGUCCCCGUCACCGAGGGCUGUGACCCCACACGUGUCCGUGUCCAUGGGCCUGGUCUGCAGAGCGGCACCACCAACCAACCCAACCGCUUCACCGUGGAGACCCGUGGUGCUGGCACAGGGGGGCUGGGCCUGGCCGUGGAGGGACCCUCGGAGGCCAAGAUGUCCUGUACAGACAACAAGGACGGGAGCUGCUCUGUGGAGUACAUCCCAUAUGAGCCAGGAACCUACAGCCUCAAUGUGACCUAUGGAGGACACCAGGUCCCCGGGAGCCCGUUCAAGGUGCCGGUGACGGACGUGGUGGAUGCCACCAAGGUGAAAUGUGUGGGGCCAGGGCUGACCCCCGGAGCCGUCCGGGCCAACGUGCCCCAGAGCUUCACUGUGGACACCAGCAAGGCUGGGGUGGCCCCAUUGGAUGUGAAGGUGCAAGGACCCAAAGGGGUGGUGGAGCCGGUGGAGGUGGCCGACAAUGGGGACGGGACCCAGCGCGUGAGCUACGUCCCAUCCCGCGAGGGGACCUACAGCAUCAGUGUGCGCUAUGGGGACGAGGAGGUGCCGCGCAGCCCAUUCAAGGUGAAGGCGCUGCCCACCCAUGAUGCCAGCAAGGUGAAGGCCAGCGGGCCUGGGCUCAACACCACCGGCGUCCCUGCCAGCCUGCCCGUGGAGUUCACCAUUGAUGCCAAGGAUGCCGGAGAGGGACUCCUGGCUGUGCAGAUCACUGACCCCGAGGGGAAGCCCAAGAAGGCUUCGAUCCGGGACAACCAGGACGGGACCUACACAGUGUCCUACGUACCGGACAUGACCGGUCGCUACACCAUCCUCAUCAAGUAUGGGGGGGACGAGAUCCCCUAUUCACCCUACCGCAUCCGCGCCGUGCCCGCCGGCGACGCCAGCAAGUGCACGGUCACCGUCUCCAUCGGAGGUCACGGCUUAGGGGCUGGUCUGGGCCCCACCAUCCAGCUGGGUGAGGAGACAGUGAUCACGGUGGAUGCCAAAGCCGCCGGCAAGGGGAAGGUGACCUGCAGUGUGUGCACCCCCGACGGGGCCGAGGCCGACGUGGACGUGGUGGAGAACCCGGACGGGACCUUCGACAUCUUCUACACUGCUCCCCAGCCUGGCAAGUAUGUGAUCUGUGUGCGCUUCGGGGGGGAGCACAUCCCAAACAGCCCCUUCCAGGUCACGGCAACAGAGCGGGCGCUGCUGGGGGUGAACGGGUUGGACAUGGCCGGGCUGAGGCCCUUCGACCUCGUCAUCCCCUUCACCAUCAAGAAGGGCGAGAUCACAGGGGAGGUGCGGAUGCCCUCGGGGAAGGUGGCUAAGCCGGAUAUCACCGACAACAAGGACGGGACGGUGACGGUUCGGUUUGCACCCACCGAGGCCGGGCUGCAUGAGAUGGACAUCCGCUAUGAGAACAUGCACAUCCCAGGCAGCCCCCUUCAGUUCUAUGUGGACUACGUGAACAGUGGCCACGUCACUGCCUAUGGCCCCGGCCUCAUCCAUGGCACCGUCAACAAACCGGCUUCCUUCACCGUCAACACCAAGGACGCCGGCGAGGGAGGGCUGUCGCUGGCAGUGGAGGGGCCGUCCAAGGCAGAGCUGAGCUGCACUGACAACCAGGACGGGACAUGUACAGUCUCCUACCUGCCUGUGCUGCCUGGAGACUACAGCAUCGUGGUCAAGUACAACGAGAAGCACAUCCCCGGGAGCCCCUUCACCGCGCGCAUCACCGGAGACUCCAGCCUGCGCCAGUCCCACCUCAAGGUUGGGGCCUCGGCUGACAUCCCCCUGGAGCUGGGGGAGAGUGACCUGAGCCAACUGACAGCGACUGUCACCUCCCCCUCGGGCCGCAAGGAGCCUUGUCAGCUGAAGCGCCUGCGCAACGGGCGUGUUGGCAUCUCGUUCGUGCCGCAGGAGGUGGGGGAGCACCUGGUGCACGUGCUGCGGGGGGGGCAGCCGGUGCCGCGCAGCCCCAUUACCGUCACCAUCAGCCAGGCUGAGCUGGGUGACGCUGCCCGUGUGCGGGUGACGGGGCCAGGACUGCGCGAGGGACGAACCUUUGAGCCCGCGCACUUCACCAUCGACACCCGCGACGCCGGGUAUGGGGGGCUGAGCCUGUCCAUCGAGGGCCCCAGCAAGGUGGACAUCACCACAGAGGAGCUGGAGGACGGGACCUGCCGCGUGUCCUACUGCCCCACAGAGCCUGGCAACUACAUCAUCUCCCUCAAGUUUGCUGACCAGCAUGUGCCUGGGAGCCCGUUCUCAGUGAAGGUGACAGGUGAGGGCCGGGUCAAGGAGAGCAUCACUCGCCGGCGCCGAGCCCCCCCCGAGGCCAGUGUGGGCUCUGCCUGUGACCUCAGCCUCAAGGUGCCCGAUGUGAGCGAGCACGAGGUGACCGCGCUGGUGACGGGACCCUCGGGUCAGGCGGUGCCGGCACAGGCGCUGGAGGGGGAGGGUGGCGCCUACAGCAUCCGGUUCGUACCGGUUGAGACCGGAGUCCACUCGGUGAGCGUCAAGGACCGCGGGCAGCACGUGCCCGGCAGCCCCUUCCAGUUCACUGUGGGGCCGCUGGGCGAGGGCGGCGCUCACAAGGUGCGAGCUGGGGGACCCGGCCUGGAGCGAGCUGAGGUUGGGGUGCCAGCCGAGUUCAGCAUCUGGACCCGGGAGGCAGGUGCUGGAGGUCUCUCCAUUGCCGUCGAGGGGCCCAGCAAGGCUGAGAUUGCCUUCGAGGACCGCAAGGAUGGGUCCUGUGGGGUCUCCUAUGUGGUGCAGGAGCCGGGUGACUAUGAGGUGUCAGUGAAGUUCAAUGAGGAGCACGUCCCCGAGAGCCCGUUCGUGGUGACGGCAGCAGCUCCAUGUGAGGCCUCCAGGCUCCUGUCUGUUUGUAGCCUUCAGGAGUCAGGGCUCAAGGUUCACCAACCUGCCUCCUUCGCCGUGAGCCUCAAUGGGGCCCGGGGGGUGUUGGAUGCCAAAGUGCACAGCCCCUCGGGGGCGCUGGAGCAGUGUCACAUCACUGAGGUCACUGAAGACAAGUACGCCGUGAGGUUCAUCCCACGGGAGAACGGCCUCUACUCCAUCGAUGUCACGUUCGAGGGGUCCCACAUCCCUGGGAGCCCCUUCAAGGUGCGCGUGGGGGAACCAGGACAGGCUGGAGACCCAGGGCUAGUGUCUGCCUAUGGGCCAGGCCUGGAGGGAGGCACCACAGGCUCCCCGGCAGAGUUCGUGGUGAACACAUCCAAGGCAGGUCCCGGUGCUCUUGCCGUGACCAUCGAGGGCCCAUCCAAGGUGAAGCUGGAGUGCCAGGAGUGUGCCGAGGGUUACCGGGUGUCUUACACCCCCAUGGCCCCCGGCAGCUACCUCAUUGCCAUCAAGUACGGAGGCCCCCACCACAUCGUGGGCAGCCCCUUCAAGGCCAAGAUCACCGGUCCUCGCCUCGUGAGCAGCCACAGCCUCCGUGAGAGCUCCUCGGUGAUGGUAGAUGCCGGUGGGGGGGGCGCAGCCACAGCAGCCGCGGGGGGAGCCCCCCCCGGAGCCAUCCCCGUGGCCUCGGAUGCCUCACGUGUGGUGGCCAAAGGGCUGGGGCUCAGCAAAGCAUUUGUGGGGCAGAAGAACAGCUUCAGUCUGGACUGCAGCCGAGCUGGUAACCAGAUGCUGCUGGUGGGGGUGCAGGGCCCCCGCUGCCCCUGCGAGGAGCUGGUUGUGAAGCACCUUGGGAACCAGCUGUACAGUGUCAGUUACACCCUACGGGAGCGCGGAGACCACGUCCUGGUCAUCAAGUGGGGAGACCAGCACGUCCCCAACAGCCCCUUCCGGGUCACUGUGCCCUAGGGGGGCCCCACAGCCCCCCCCGACCCACGCUGGGACCCACACACCCCUGGGGGGGGGGGUGAGACCCUCAGUGGGACCCACAGACCCGGUACAGGACACACAGACCUGGUACAGGACCCACAGACCCAAUAUAGGACCCACUAUGGGACCCACAGACCCGGUACAGGACCCACAGACCCGGUACAGGACCCACAGACCCGGUACAGGACACACAGACCCACAGUGGGACCCACAGACCUGGUACAGGACACACAGACCUGGUACAGGACCCACAGACCUACAAUGGGACCCACAGACCCUCUAUGGGACCCACAGACCCAAUAUAGGACCCACUAUGGGACCCACAGACCCAAUAUAGGACCCACAAACCCACUAUGGGACCCACAGACCCAAUAUAGGACCCACUAUGGGACCCACAGACCCUCUAUGGGACCCACAGACCCAAUAUAGGACCCACUAUGGGACCCACAGACCCACUAUGGGACCCACAGACCCAAUAUAGGACCCAGAAUGGGACCCCCAGACCCACUAUGGGACCCACAGACCCAAUAUAGGACCCAGAAUGGGACCCACAGACCCACUAUGGGACCCACAGACCCAAUAUAGGACCCAGAAUGGGACCCACAGACCCUCUAUGGGACCCACAGACCCAAUAUAGGACCCACUAUGGGACCCACAGACCCACUAUGGGACCCCCAGACCUACAGUGGGACCCCCAGACCCACUAUGGGACCCACAGACCCAAUAUAGGACCCAGAAUGGGACCCACAGACCUACAAUGGGACCCACAGACCCUCUAUGGGACCCACAGACCCAAUAUAGGACCCAGAAUGGGACCCACAGACCCACUAUGGGACCCACAGACCCAAUAUAGGACCCAGAAUGGGACCCACAGA